UCUGCAAGUCAGUCCGACUGCCUGGCUGUUUUGAUCAGUCUACUCUCGGGAAGCUAGAAAAAUUACAAAUCUCUGACAAUGUUCAUUAUCGGGAAUUAGCAGAUAAAGCCAUGUGCGUUGUCACUGUCGACUGAAAUGUCAAAAGCGUUGUGUUGGUGAGGAUUGCGAGUGAUAUAGGCAGCUGCGAGUACUUCUGCGCUCAGCUGUCAGACUGAAACUACUGGAUGCACGUCAAGAGUAAAUAACAGUCGCAACCUUGUGGAUAGUGAGGAACAAAUACUUAUUUGCUUGUUUUGUGUAUUUAUACACCUCUCUUGGAUUAUUGCUACCCAGCGACACAGUCACCAAACGAAACUGGAUGUCGUUAUAAAGAGGCCCACUGGGUGCAUCAAUGAUCCAGUCAUGGAGACCAAAAGAUACCAAAGUUUCUUCGAGGGAAGCAACACAGAGAACAGAUGGGCUCAGGUGCCCAGUGCCAUGGAGCUUUGCUGCAGUGCAGAGGAAGGCUGUCUGAGCAGCACUGACGUCCUCAUGGACAUUGUGAACGUCAACUGCUCUGCUUCCUCCAGCGCCAACGCUAACGCGAACGCUAACGCUGCCACAGCCACAGCUGCUGCCUGCAAGGAGAACAGCAGGAAGAAAGCUGAGCAGGAGCGACAGCCCAUGCUCCGCGUCUCACAGAACCAGAACCAGAACCAGAACCAGAACCAGAACCAGAACCAACCGUUUGCGUUCCCCACUUUUGGCAAUAGUGGCAACUCCCUCCAUGGCCGCAAGUCAGAGACCGAUUCGAAGGAGCUCUCCAAGACCGUGGCCGAGUCCAUGGGCCUGUACAUGAACGCGGCCCGGGAGGCAGAUUUUGGGUUCGGAGCGCAGCAGGGUGGCCAGGGUGGCCAGUGCAGCCCUGGGAAACUGUACCCGUCCUGUGGCCGAGGGGUGCUGGAGGAGGGCGGGGCCAGCUCCUCGGGGAGUCCAAAAAUGAAGGGUCCUCCUCCAGGGUCGUUUGCAGCGGGGUCCCAGAUCCCCAGCACCACUCAAGCAGAGGGCAGCUCGGCCGCCUCCUCGGCCCUGGCCACCGCCCUGUCCUCCCCAGCCCCAUCCUCCAUCUCCAGCCCCACAGGAAACAACAUGGUGACCUCCACCACCAGCCCAACAUACUUCAGUACUGGCUGUUCCUCCAUCGGAAGCCCCGUCAACCCGGUGAACCCCGCGGCAGCGAGUGGCAUGCCCAGCCUGGGGGCCCCGGUCCACCGCCGCAGCUCCACCACCUGCAGCCCCAUCGAGCCCAGCGCAGUGGGGUCGCCUCUCGGGAGCCCCCUGAAUGUAAUGCGCUCCCCCCUGUCCAGCCCCCAGAGUAUGGGCAGCGUGCGCUCACCUCCCUCCUGCAGUGCCAACAUGAGGUCGUCUGUGUCCAGCCCCACAGGAAGCUCCUGCACCAUCCGACCGUCCAUGUCCAGCCCUCCCUCCGGGGUCUCCAUGGCUGUGGCCAGCCCCAGAAAUGCCCCCUCGUCUGGAUUUCCCGUGUCCAGCCCACCGAGUGGACUAGGCUUGGUCCAGAGUGACACCCACAGCCCAGAGGGACAGGAGAGAGGCGACUUCAAAGUUUUUGAAUUCCCAAAAGUGGAGAACAUAGACGGGGAGAUGUACAGCGUGGGCCUGGACCAGAUGGGAAUGGUGAAGUACAUCAAGAACGAGCCGGAUCCCGACUUCCGCAUGUGUCUGGCGAGCUGUGGGAGCAAGAGUGGCAGCGCCGCAGCCAACCCCCCGUUCGUGGCCCACAUCAAGACGGAGCCCAAUAAGGAGGAGAUCUGUAUGAACCCACACUACGGGGAGCCACACCAGCACUCACUGGGCCUCUUUCCUGCCUCCGAGACCACAUACUUGUCCUUGAGAGAUAAUAUUGAUGAGUAUAGUCUCUCUGGCAUUUUGGGACCACCCAUUUCCUCUCUCAAUGGUAACUAUGAGCCAGGUGUGUUCCCCAGCAACAGCCUGACCAAGGGUAUAAAGCAGGAAGCCAAUGAUAGCGGCUACUACCCUGAGAACAGCAGCAAUGGGCCACCGUCAGCCAUCGUUGGCGUUAACUCCGGAGGACACUCCUUUCACUACCAGAUAGGAGCACAAGGAACAAUGGCGUUUGCACGGCAUGACAUGAGGGACCAGACGAAUCCGUUAAUGAAUCUGAUCUCCCCGGUCACGGCGCUGAUGGAAUCAUGGAAAUCGCGGCCGGGAAUGCCACAGGGGGGACUGUCCUCCAGAGGAGAGGGUUAUCCGGGGCAGAGCUGCAUCACUGACAUGUCCAGCUCGUCAUUAAGACAUACGUCCUCAACGGCCAAGGUGUGUUUGGUGUGCGGUGAUGAAGCGUCCGGUUGCCACUAUGGUGUGGUCACCUGCGGCAGCUGCAAGGUCUUCUUCAAGCGAGCAGUGGAAGGCCAGCACAACUACCUUUGUGCCGGGAGGAAUGACUGCAUCAUCGACAAGAUCAGACGGAAAAACUGUCCGGCAUGUCGGGUACGGAAGUGUUUGCAAGCAGGAAUGAACCUCGGAGCUCGCAAGUCCAAGAAGCUGGGCAAGCUGAAGAGCGUGAGUGAGGAGUCGCAGCUGCAGAACUCCAAGGACGGAGGCCAUUACCUGUCCUCGGAGAAGGAGCUGAGCGCCGUGACCGAGUUGGUUCCUCACGGGCCGGCCGUGGCCUCCUACCUGUCCCCCUCCGUCUGCAGCGUGCUGGAGCUCAUCGAGCCCGAGGAGGUGUACGCCGGAUACGACAACACACAGCCCGACACCUCCGACCACCUGCUCACCAGCCUCAAUCGUCUUGCAGGCAAACAGAUGGUCCGCAUGGUCAAGUGGGCCAAAGUAUUACCAGGGUUCCGCUCGCUGCCCAUUGAGGACCAAAUCACUCUGAUUCAGUACUCCUGGAUGUGUCUGUCCUCCUUUGCGCUCAGCUGGAGGUCCUACAAACACACCAACGCGCAGAUGCUCUUCUUUGCCCCGGACCUCGUCUUCAACGAGGAGCGCAUGCAGCAGUCAGCCAUGUAUGAUCUGUGUGUGGGCAUGAAGCAGGUGAGCCAGGAGUUUGUGCGGCUACAGCUCACCUACGAGGAGUUUCUGGCCAUGAAGGUGCUACUGCUUCUCAGCACAGUUCCUAAAGAUGGCCUGAAGAACCAGGCGGCGUUUGAGGAGAUGAGGGUGAACUACAUCAAGGAGAUGAGACGGGCCGUGGGCAAAGCCACCAACAACUCGGGACAGACGUGGCAGCGCUUCUUUCAACUGACCAAGCUUCUGGACGCUAUGCAUGAUCUUGUGGGGAGUCUUCUGGACUUCUGCUUCUACACGUUCCGGGAGUCCCACGCGCUGAAGGUGGAGUUUCCUGAGAUGCUGGUGGAGAUCAUCAGUGAUCAGAUACCAAAGGUGGAGUCGGGCCUCACACACACUCUCUUCUUUCAUAAGAAGUAACGCAGUGGACCCAGCGCAUUAGGCCAGCCGGCCAGUGAGCGGGAGGAAGGAGAGAGGCCCGGACACCGGGACACCACCGCCAGCUUGUUGAGACGUGAGCAGAAGAAUACUGGGAGCCUUACACGUGAGGGAGGCUUACUGUAUGUCAAAGACAGAUCUUCAGCAGGUCCUAGGAUUGCUUUUGACCAUUCACUGGCCACGUGAAGAGGGACAGAGACCAUGGGAGGUGGUGUCACAAAUGACACGAUUUGGACUAUGUGUAUUUUCUUGAAGUGUUCUUUUUUUCUCAAAGCCGUGACAGCGUGCUCCUCGUUGCCCCAAAGACAAUUAUGACAAUUUUGUUUUCUAUGGAUAUAAAGCCAUGCAUUUCUUUGGUCAAGCUAUAGGGCAAAUUCACUAACUCAUUCAUAUACACAUGUACAUGCAAACACGUGCACGUGCACAAGCAGACAUACAAACAGAAACACACACACACACACACACACACACACACACACACACACACACACACACACACACACACACACACACUUCAAAACCCACAUAUACUGCAGCUGAUUAUUGUGGCUUUUCUGUAACACAGUUUGCGUGUUUUGUUUUACCAUUCCUUGUGAACAGGAAAAAGUAGAUUCAUCAAAAGGAAAGAUGAUGCGGCCUUUACAUACAAGACAGUAGGAAAACAUCCUAGAGAUUUGGAGAGGAAACAAGGCAAUUUCAACAUGCUCCAAGGGCUAUGACAUCAAAACAGUGUCUAAUCGGUGUUUUUAAAUGCAAACGGAAACAACACACACUCAAAUUGCAACCAUUGCAUAACAAUCAAAACCUACUCAGAUAUGCAAAACAUAGAAUUAUUUAAAUGAAGUUAAGACUUUUUAUGAAUAAAAGCAGUUGUCUUUGGUAUGUGA